GGAUUAAAAUGUGCAGAUUCAUUCUGUUAUUUCUCUCUAAGUGUGUGAGAGAAAAAGAGGUCAAGGACAACAUGGACGGGACAGUGGUGCUGUGGGUCAUCAUUUGUGCUGCUUCUGCUACUGCUGCACAUAGAAGUAAUAGUGAGUUCACCAAGUAUAGGCAAUGGGAGAGGAGACACCGUGUCCCAGCAACAGCUUCUGUGGGUACGACUGGAAAACCCCACCCAGGAAGCACCGGGUGUCUGGUGAACGGACUUGUCCUGUUCAGUGGGGCAGUGUGGUUUAGUCAUCCCUGCUCUGAAUGCAAGUGCCUCAAAGGAGCUGUCAGCUGCCGCCCAGUCUUCUGUAAUAAUACUGCGCACAGACAGAGACAGCUGACCCAAGAUCAGAGGCAUAAUAAGGAAAACAUGAAAACCCCAAAGUCAGCUUACAAGAAGAAAGUGUCUGGAUUGAGAGUAGAAGAGACUAAUUACAGGAAACCUGGGACUGUGCUGAAGAAGAUUGUGCCCAAGGUCAAUGCGAACCCGGUAGUCAUCCCAAGAAGGCCGAAGGAGAUUGUUGUUGAUGUGAGGAAGAUAAAGACAGACAAUACCCUGAAAAGAAGAGGGCCGACACUUAAGGAAAUUAAGAAAUAUAGACUUGAAAAGAAGCUUUUUUUGGGCAGUGACGAUGACGACGAUGAUGACAGCAAUGGUAAAGAAGAUGAUGACAACGAUGAUGAUUUUCCUGCUAGAAACAUGGCAGCUUUUCGUCCUAUUAUUCAUCCUGCCUUUCGCACCGUCCCCCGUGCCACCUAUAGAAAUGGUGUCAUGAAAUAUCUUCCUGCCGGGUGCCUGCUCUCUGAGUCUGUGAUUGCCUGCGGGAAUGCCGGUCUGACAUACUGGCCUGUCAUCACAGACCUGAGCAUUAAAAAACUCUAUCUGGCAGAAAACAAAAUCAGAAAUAUUCCUCCUCGGGGCCUAGCUGGACUGCCCAACUUGGAGUGGCUGGAUCUCAGCAAAAAUAAGCUGCAUGACUCUUCAGUGACCCCAGACUUAUUCAGGAAUCUAACCAAACUGAAGAGGCUGAAUUUGGAUGGGAACAAUCUUACCAAGAUUCCGCUUCUACCACCAUCUCUGGAGGAGCUCAAAAUUAAUGACAACAAAAUCAGCAUCCUCACACCCUACAGUUUUCAAGGUCUCUCCAAACUGUUGAGUCUGGAUCUGGAGGACAACAACCUUCAUGAUGGGAAUGUAUCACCGUUUGCCUUCAAACCGCUGCAGAAGCUGAUCUACCUGCGUCUGGAGGACAACAAGUUUCGAGCUAUCCCGUCAGGCCUGCCCUCGUCCUUGCAGGAGCUGCAACUCUCAGAGAACCAGGUUGAGGUGAUCGAUGAAAAGGUCUUCAACAAAACAGUCCAUCUGAAAGUUCUGGACCUCAGCCACAAUCAUAUUCGGGAAGACCGCAUCGCCCCAAGGGCAUGGAUACACAUGCUUGAACUUGUGGCUCUGGACCUGUCCCACAACAGGCUGGUACAUGUACCCUCCUUCCUGCCUCCGGCCUUGCUCCAUCUCUCACUGCACCAUAACCAGAUUGAAUUCAUUCCUGGUUAUAUAUUUGGUCACCUGCGGCCUGGCCUAAAAUCCUUACGACUGUCCCACAACCACCUGGCGGACCAGGGUGUGCACGCCACCUCCUUCCAGGGGCUUCACAACUCACUCAGUGAGCUCCUGUUGGACCACAACAAACUGCAGUCUGUGCCCCAUGGUCUCCUUCAGCUGCGAGCUCUGGAAAGGCUGAGGCUGGACUACAACUUCAUAAGGAAAAUUCCCAAGAAUUUCAUUUGUGACUUCGCUCAGGUCUCGGUUCACCUGGAGAACAACCUGAUUGAUCAUCGCCUCAUCUCUGCCAUGGCAUAUUCUUGCUUGUAGAACUACCACAGUGCUCCGCUCUGGCUCCAGCACCAUAAUCGAAAUUAGACCCCAACAUCCCUCCAUCGUUGUACCAUUGUAUUUGGUUUCCAUAGUGUAGUGAUUAUCAUUUUCACCUCACUGAUUUCGAAAUCAAGUGGAAACACACCUUCUUCCAGAAUUUCAGUCAGUGAUCAAUAAUUGUAUUAACCGUCAGUGCUCUCACUGCCUACUAGUGACUCCUUUGGAUUACCUAAAACAUAUCUGCUCUUCUCUUUGUCUUUCAGCAUCAGCCUUCUUUGCUUUUUACUUAGAUUUCCAGUUAAAAAUAAGCUUGGGGGUUAUGCUGCAGUCUGUGCUUAGGGUUUAUUGUCCACUGCAACAAGUACUUUAUUUUGCUUAAAAAUACAUUUGCAGUCAAGCCGCAACAUGAGAAUUAUAGAAAGCAUUUGUAUUUAAAAUGAAGCGCAAUAAACUGGAAAAUUCAUCCA